GCGGGCAGCAGGAAGGUAAACCCGAGCCAACCGCUGCUGGGACACCGCCAGCCCGAGGUGGUUGGGCACCGGUUAUCCAUCGACCAGUCUCCUGGCUCUCUGUCGGGGAGUGAAUGCGGUUGAUGCUUUUCUGCUGCACCUGGAAGAACGAACGCAUGGGAGAGGAGGAAGCUGGAGGAAGUUUGCCCGUGUGUGCCGGGUGCAAACAAAGAAUCUACGAUGAACAGUUUCUUCAGGCACUCAAUGCUGAAUGGCAUACCGUCUGCUUCAGAUGCUGUGAGUGCAGUAGCUCGCUGUCCCACUGGUACUAUGAAAAAGAUGGACGGCUCUUCUGCAAAAAAGAUUACUGGGCCAAGUUUGGCGAGCUGUGCCAUGGCUGCAAUGACCUCAUCACCACUGGCCUCAUUAUGGUUGCAGGGGAGCAAAAGUAUCACCCUGAAUGCUUCACCUGUCUGAAUUGCCGAACAUUCAUCGGUGAUGGAGACACGUAUGCUCUGGUGGAGCGAUCCAAACUCUACUGUGGACACUGUUACUACGAGACUAUCGUCACCCCCGUGUCGCUGCCGGACUCGCCAUGCUCGCGGAUCCCUCACACGGUCACGCUGGUGUCGAUCCCCGCCUCCGCCGAGGGUACUAACGGGCGACGGGGGAGGGGCUUCUCGGUGGCUAUCGACCAGCCGCUCAGCCCCAAUGAAGGCUGCAGUCCUGAACUCGGACCCACCGUCAGGGUUUCUCAGGUGGAUGCUGAUUGCUUUAGUCCAGAUGUCAAAAAUUCCAUCCAUGUGGGAGACAGGAUCCUAGAAAUCAAUGGAACCCCCAUUCACAACGUUCCUCUGGAUGAGAUCGACCUGCUCAUUCAGGAAACGAGCCGGCUGCUGCAGCUCACCAUCGAACACGACCCUCACAGUCGGGUGCAAGACGGGAGCUCUUCAGAGUCUGGGGAGCAGGUGGAUGGCCCACUUUCCCUGCCACUGUCUGCGGGGCCCAGCCCCAUCUUACCCAUCCUGCCUAUCACACAAUCCCCCAUCCCUGACAUGAGCAAUUUGAAAUCACGCCUUGUCACGCGGAGUUAUAGCAUCGAAAAGUCGCCCGGCUCCAGCAAAGCUGCGUCCCCCAUCUCGCCGAGGAACGACAUCAACCGCUCCGAGUCGCUCCGAGUCGUCUCCAACCGGACGCACCGCAUCUUUCGCCCCUCUGACCUCAUCCACGGAGAAGUGCUCGGGAAGGGCUGCUUUGGACAAGCCAUCAAGGUGACCCACAGGGAGACAGGAGAGGUCAUGGUUAUGAAAGAGCUGAUUCGCUUCGAUGAUGAAACGCAGAGAACAUUCCUGAAAGAGGUGAAGGUGAUGCGUUGCUUGGAUCACCCCAAUGUGCUCAAAUUCAUCGGCGUCCUCUACAAAGACAAGCGACUGAAUUUCAUAGCAGAGUACAUCAAGGGUGGCACCUUGAGGGAAAUCAUAAAGAAAAUGGAUAGCAACUACCCUUGGAACCAGAGGGUCAGUUUUGCCAAGGACAUAGCUGCGGGCAUGUCAUAUCUGCAUUCCAUGAACAUCAUCCACCGAGACCUGAACUCUCACAACUGUCUUGUCCGGGAGAACAACACGGUGGUGGUGGCAGACUUUGGAUUGGCCCGACUCAUGGUGGAUGACAAACACGAAGAGAAGUUUUCGCAGGGUAAACUGCCGGGUCUGAAGAGGCCCGAUCGCAGGAAGAGGUACACCGUGGUGGGGAACCCUUACUGGAUGGCACCUGAAAUGAUCCAUGGAAAGAGUUACGAUGAGAGGGUGGACAUCUUCUCAUUCGGUAUUAUGCUAUGCGAGAUCAUUGGCAGGGUCAACGCUGACCCAGACUACCUCCCCAGGGCGGUGGACUUUGGACUGAACGUUUCGGGCUUCCUUGAGCACUACUGUCCUCCCGAUUGUCCCACGGCCUUCUUCCCCAUUGCUGCUGUGUGCUGUGACCUCGACGCUGAUAAACGCCCGGCUUUUUCCAAACUGGAGGAAUGGUUGGAAAAUCUGAAGAUGCACUUGGACAUGGCCCUGCCGCUCGUGUCUGAAGUGGAACAGCUGCACAAGGCAUUCUGGGAGAACAACAGCAUCACUCGGUCCGAGAACGGCCUGCACAUCCACCCUGAUGAGCGAGAGUAAAGCGUGAUGGGACAGGAGAAGGGUCCAAGUGACGGUCUGCCCCCUGCGGCGACGGAAUCGUGUCUUGUAACUCGGGCCGCGCCCCAAGCAGAUGCAAUACGUACAGCUUGGCUCAGGCCUGGCAAGUAGACUCAGGGGCACAAGCGUGCAUCUGAAAAGCCACUUGUUCAAGACGAGCGCACAUAGUCUUAAGUCCAGUGGAGAGAUUGUCACUCUGACAAGCCGGAUGCUCAUGUAGAGCAUGACGUAUGCAAUCAGCAUCCAUCUUCAAUUCAUAGCUCCACCCUUUGCAUAAUGUAGAUUUACAUUUGCAGUUACUAGAGAAGAUAAUGAUGUGACUUAAGCAGCAAGUUUGGACCUCUACAGGAAGCAUUGCUACCUUGAUUUAGUCGCAUGUCCUGUUUGUCACAUAACGUGUACAAACCCAGUUGAAUUUCAAAUUUCCUCUAUCGUUGACUAGAGAGUGCAUGGCUGUACAUUUUGGCUUCAUUCUUAUUCAUCAUGUCCCAGAACUGUUAAUGCUGAUUGUGUAGCACUGAUUCAACUCUGAGGUACACACAUACGCGCACACACAUACACACACACACACACAUACACUCACACAUGAUUAUGGCUAAAUUGAGUUAUAGUCUUUAGCAUCUCUACUCCCUCCCUGGUAAUGUGGCAUCCUCAGUAUUCUAAUGUUCAAAGUGUACAUAGAUGGCAACAUUGUAAAUGUGUUAAAUAUUGUACAUGUAAAGACAUAUUUUCUAUACGUAUUUGCAUCAUUGCCAUAUUUGUAUUGGCUGGCUCAACUUUAGUUACAAUUAUGGAGAUUGGAAGGUUUUGACUGCAGUUUAUGGGUGUCGGCAUUUGAUAGAUGAUUGUUACUCCACUGCUCUCCAUUUGAUUUCUUGAGCUGUUGCAAUGUGUAUUUCAGUUUUUGGUUGACUGCUCCUUCAGAGUUAACUGCAUCGAAGCUUUUCCUCCUAACCAUGUGGAAUAUCAUUCAAACACCCUUCAAAUUUUGAAUCGCAAAAAUAGUGAUAGGUGGCGCACUGGUUAGCACGUUCGCCUCAGUUAGGAAGGUGCAGGUUCGAUUCCACCUCCCGCCCUCCCUGUGUGGAGUUUGCAUGUUCUCCCCGUGCCUGUGUGGGUUUUCUCCGGGC